AUGGGUUGCAAGUACCAUUUAUGCGCUCUUGAGGGUGUUCGUUUGUGGAGCAACCAACAGGUCUGUAACGGGUUCAAGGCCGCUCUGGACGACGUUAACAGCCGGUUGCAGGGGCUCAUAACCCAGCCGGAACCGGCAGGUUCCGGUGUGUAUCCUGCGCUGGUUGAACAAAUCCGAGCUAGCGUCGACCCGCUUGCUUUCAUGCUCCAUGAACUAAAGGAACUGGAUAACCUCAAAGCUCUCGGAGAUGCGCCAAGACUCGACCAAACUCCCAAACCCGACGACCAAACUUCAACUAUCAAUUCAACUCCAACUAUCAAUUCAACUUUGCCCACUCCGACCAAGCCCACUCCGGCUGCGGUGACCAAGAGUCUAAGUGUGAUCCAGUCGCGAGUACAGAAGGUCAUCCAGCAGUGUGUACGGAGCGACCGUGAAUUCACCAUGCUGAGACAUCGGGCGGUUGGAAGCUUGCAGGCAAUUACUCGCAGCACGGAAUCUGAGCACGACCUCGAACUCGAAAACGAAAUGCUGAGGCAACUGCAAACGCAAGUGUUUCGCUUUACCAACGACGAAACACAGUCCAUUCAACGCUACACUAAGAAACUUGGCUCUCUACUUGUGGUCCACGAGUGCUGUCAGUGUUGUGCCACGGAAGUGUGGUCCGUGAAGAAUUCGUGCGAUAAGAAUUCGUGCGAUAAGAAUUCGUGCGAUAAGAAUUCGUGCGAUAAGAAUUCGUGCGAUAAGAAUUAA